AUGGACCAGUCCAUGCAGGAUAAUACCGAACGACCAGCCAAAAGACCAUGUCUAUCAUACACCCCUGCUGAUGAGGGAGAAGCUCUUCCCGACUUUGAUUUAUCAGCUGCACGCGCCCAGAAUGACUCGCGGCUCAAAUCUUUGUUUGAGGGAAUUUUCGCGAAAUAUAGUCACGACUUCACCGAUGUGGGUGAUGAGAUUGACCUGGCGACGGGGGAUAUCGUGGUAGACAAUGGACAUCUCCUCGGCCUGCGAGCCGAGGAUGACAAUGGCAAGGAGCCGCGAUCAUGGCUCCUGCCGGCUGGCUCCGACAAUUCUGAAGACAUGGAUGGCCCUGACGGCGACGACACGAAGGGAGAGGAAUUUUUUUCAUUGCCAGCCUCUCCCCGUGAUCGUUCCCCGGCUGCUUUCCAUGAAUCGUCGCCAUCAAUUGAACAAAACACAACCGCGGAUACAUCUCUGGACUUUGUAUUUACUUUCAAAGCAUCUGGAGCUACUGGACUCAGUCCUACUACCAAGGAGGGACAUAUCUCCCGUCCUACGAACCCUAUCGCAGUUUCCAAACCACAAGAUCCACUCUGGGAAGUCCCGGAUUUACCACAAUCCUUUUCAACCCCCACUGCCGAGACCCGGAAAACAAAUGUAUUCCUCCCAUCCGCCAGGUCUCCGUCUCCGCCUGGAAGCGGCUCCGUCUGGGCUGUCCGCCAACCUGGCAGACCUCGGACAGAGGCCAAACCCAAGGCCACGCCGAGUAAGCGUCGGCUAGCUGCGAAGCGUAAUUACAACUCAAGUCCUUUGACGCGCGACUGGUCUUUUGCGGAGAUACCAGACGGCAAUGAAUCAGACGACCCGUUGCAGGACUGUGAGCCAUCACUGACGCCAUCGAAACUGAGGAUCAUCCGGGGAAAGCACAAGGUGCCGACCAAAGAUCACGAUGGUCCAUCAACUCCGCACGAGCAACGCCUUAUGAAACAGCCAGACCUCGUCGUUGAGGAAGACCAUGACGAUUGCGAAGGAGGGAACGCCACAACGAACUAUCAAGAGUAUGACGCGUCUAUCAAUGAAAAGGACGACACACCCGAAGUCAACGCACCAAACGAUAUGCCGCUUGGUUCCAUGUUCCAGAACAACUUGACACCAAAGGCCAGCAUCGAGGCUUAUUCCCCACAACCCUCAGAAAGUACACCAAGCAAGAAACAGCUCAUCACUCCCGAUGAGGGGAAAUUGAUCGUGUGUAUGAUGCACAAAGACGGGAAGAAGGCGAAUGAUGUGCUACCCAUGUUACCGGGUCGCGAUUACCAAGGGGUUUGGCAUUGGUUCUACUAUCACUGGACCCGCCGUCUGGCUAACCCGCCUCCCCUCUCUGCGGCUUGGUCGGAGCCUGAGCUAGCAUCUUUGUCCCGUCUCAGCAUCCAAUCGGGUCUUACCUGGGCUCAGAUACAACAUGAGUUCAAGGGCCGAACUCGACAUGAGGUUGAAUUUGAACUGCUACGUGCUUUCGUCGGGGAAGGCUUUUCCUCUACAACUGCCGUAGAGAUAGAAGAACCUAUGGAAUCAAAAGUGCAUGAGGAGAAAGAGUACGAAGAGUCGUCGGACGAUAGUAUAAAGGAGGAGUCGGAAUCUGACACAUUCGAGGAAGUCGACGAGGAAGAAAAUGGCACAUCCUCGCCCAAAGACACCCAGGAAGAGCAUGGCAUUCAAGAGGGUAAUACCAGGACUGACAGUAAGGCAUCUAAUCCCAACGAUUUUUUGGGCAUUUUUAUAAAUUCUUAUAAAUGA